AUGAUGGUGGCCAUAAAAGUCAUUGAUAAGAAGAGAGCCAAAAAGGACACCUAUGUCACCAAGAACCUUCGGCGGGAGGGACAGAUCCAGCAGAUGAUCCGCCACCCCAACAUUACCCAGCUCCUCGAUAUCUUAGAGACGGAAAACAGCUACUACCUGGUCAUGGAGCUGUGUCCAGGGGGCAACCUGAUGCACAAGAUCUAUGAGAAGAAGCGUCUGGAGGAAUCGGAAGCCCGCAGGUACAUCAGACAGCUCAUCUCUGCGGUAGAGCACCUGCACCGGGCCGGAGUGGUCCACAGGGACUUGAAGAUAGAAAAUUUGCUUCUAGAUGAAGACAAUAAUAUCAAGCUGAUUGACUUUGGUUUGAGUAACUGUGCGGGGAUCCUUGGCCACUCCGACCCAUUCAGCACACAGUGUGGGAGCCCUGCCUACGCUGCACCCGAACUCCUGGCCAGGAAGAAGUAUGGCCCCAAAAUCGAUGUCUGGUCCAUAGGUGUGAACAUGUACGCCAUGUUGACUGGGACCCUACCUUUCACGGUGGAGCCUUUUAGCCUGAGGGCUUUGUACCAGAAGAUGGUGGACAAGGAAAUGAACCCCCUCCCCACGCAGCUCUCUACAGGGGCCAUCAACUUCCUGCGCUCGCUCCUGGAACCGGACCCAGUGAAGAGGCCCAAUAUCCAGCAGGCACUGGCGAAUCGCUGGCUUAAUGAGAAUUACACCGGGAGGGUGCCGUGUAACGUCACCUACCCCAACAGGAUUUCCCUGGAAGACCUUAGUCCGAGCGUGGUCCUGCACAUGACCGAGAAGCUGGGCUAUAAGAACAGCGAUGUCAUCAACACCGUGCUCUCCAACCGCGCCUGCCACAUCCUCGCCAUCUACUUCCUUUUAAACAAGAAACUGGAGCGCUAUUUGUCAGGGAAAUCCGAUAUCCAGGACAGCGUGUGCUACAAGACCCAGCUCUACCAGAUAGAGAAGUGCAGGCCCUCCAAGGAGCCCUAUGAGGCUUCCCUGGACACCUGGACAAGAGACCUUGAGUUCCAUGCUGUGCAGGACAAAAAACCCAAAGAACAAGAAAAAAGAGGGGAUUUUCUUCAUCGGCCAUUUUCUAAGAAGUUGGACAAGAACCUACCUGCCCACAGACAGGCCCCGGGCUCCCUCAUCACACAGACACAGAACCCCAAAGCCCUGCUGAAGGACCGGAAGGCCCCCAAGUCUGGCUUCCCGGACAAAGAUUCCUUCGGCUGCCGCAAUAUUUUCCGCAAAACCUCAGAUUCCAAUUGUGUGGCUUCUUCUUCCAUGGAGUUCAUCCCCGUCCCACCCCCUAGGACCCCCAGGAUUGCCAAGAAGCCAGAGUCCCCUCCGCAGGGGCCUGGAGGCACCGGCAUCACCCCCAGGGAAGACCCCCCGACGCUGGAGAUGGUGCGCUCCUUCGAGUCUGUAGAUCGCGGUGACCAAGUGGAACUGCUCUCCCCGACCCAUCACUAUAGGAUUCUGAGCUCCCCCGGGGGUCUGACUCGAGGACACCCCAGUGAGCGGACACUCUCCCCAGUUCUGCUGCCUGGAAGCCCGUCAGCUCUCCACCCAACUCUGGUCUCCUUUGCUCAUGAAGAUAAGAACAGCUCCCCCAAAGAGGAGGGUGUGUGUUCCCCAGCUCCAGCUCCCAGCAGUGGCCCUACACAGCCCCUGGGGAGUCCGAAUUGCGUGAAGAGCCGGGGCAGGUUCCCCAUGAUGGGCAUCGGACAGAUGUUGAGGAAGCGGCAUCAGAGCCUGCGGGCAACCGCAGACCGGCCCCUGGAAGCCAGCAUGCCCCCCCUGCAGCCCAUGGCCCCCGUGAGCCUCUCCUUCAAUAUGGCUGACGGUGUCAAAGGCCAGUGUUAGCCUGGACCAGCGGCGGGAGCGGGGGUGUUUCUGAGGGAAGCCGUGGAGCAGAGCUCCAGCCUGCAGGGUGUGAAGACUCCGUGGAUGCGGCUUCCUGGCCAACCCAGCUCCUGCUGGUCCCAGCUCUGGAACUCCUGGCUCCCACAGAUCCCAGGGAACCUGGCUCCGUCUCACCUAGCAGGCCGCUUAGAGGAUUGGCCCUGUGUGGCCGGUUCCAGUCGCCACGUCCACCUUCCUCCCACCCACUCGCCGGCGCUCGCCUGCCUCCCCUGCUGGGCUCGGGGACCCGCAGGCCUGGGCUCCCCCAACUGCGGCUGUUAGACUUUCUUCACUUGUGCUGCAUGUGCGUCUCACUGGACCAAGUUGUCCUGACGGCUGGCCACACGGGACGGGGGCAGCAGCAGCACGAGGGGUGCCCAGACCUGGUUUCCCCUCCACAGUGGUGACUCCCCACAGGAGUGCCAGGCUCCAGGAACCUCUGAGGAAGCCAGGCAGGUGCCCCAGCAUGGCCCACUCCACACCCUCAGUAGAAUCCUGCUGGCAAAGACAACCAGUGAGUGGGGAUCCCGAGUGAAGGAAAAGCUCAGAGUGGGCACUUACCCCCCAACCAAGAUUUUGCUAGACUUAUUUUUCCUUUUUUGUAGUUGGAACCUACUAAUAGUUGACAUACCUUCUCCAAAGAUGAUCUUUCUUUACGUGAUGUCCUUAGACCGAAGCAACGUCAUUUCAAAAAACAUGGAUGGAGACGUAAGAAGGAAUUGCACCAAACAUUCCAUGAAAGAAUGAACAUGGAGGGCCCCAGGGCUCCCCAGGGUGAUGUUCUGGGUGGCCUGCAGGAGGGGUGUGAUCAAGGCCCUCCCUGCAUUCUCCCGUCCUAUCAGCCCAGCCCUGAUCCUUCCAGAAGGUUUAGAACAUAAUUCCAGUGGAUAAUUCCAAAGAGAAAGAGUGGUGUGGGCCAGAUUUGAAAGGCAAGGAGGAGCCGUUACCUCUGUGCAAUAUGGGUUUCAAGUUGCCAAGAAAACGAGUGUUGUUUGGAGCUCAGCUAGUUUGUGGGCCCUGUGCAGAACAGGCAUGCCCAGGGGGUCACGUUUCAUACCGAGCAGGUCUUGGAGAGCACCCUUCCCUACACAGGCUUUGAGUCCGUGUUCUGUCUUCACACCUUUUGCCAAGGAUUGAACCAAAGAUGUGUCUCCGGUGCUGUAUCUGUGCUGUCCUUGUGUGUGCAGGUGUGUGGACCCUCUGUGGUCUCACCAUGCAGCUGGGCCUGCCUGGGGUGCUCUCCGCACAGGGGGCCAGGGCCUGCCACAUGGAGGGGACCCCUUGGUCACCAGCAGAAUUGGAAAAAGAACUUGCACAGGUUGGCGAGCGAUGGCCUGGAGUUUUCAAAUGGUGACUAAGCCAGGAGUGACCAUGGGGCCACCUGGAAGCUAGUCUACGCACUCCACUGGCUGCGAGCCCAUGCCAGAGAGCAGUGAUGGUCACCGUCUUUUCCUGUGGACCAGCGGUGGCCUCCUGCCCUACGUGUCUUUAGCAGAGCAAGUAGAGAGUGGAUAUUUGACUGACUCUGGAACCCACUGUACUGCCCAGUCCUGGCUGGCCUUGACAAGACACAGCGGCUGCUUCCCCGUGGAGGGGAUCACCCAAACUCCCGGGCUUGUUAGGAGGGGGUCAGGCUCCUGGUUUUUGGUGUUAUUCCUCUGCAUGACUCCAGACUGGGCUCUAGAAACCUUCCUUUGAACACAGAGCUGUCUAGCGGAGGGGAGAAAACAGGUGUCAAGAAGAUUCUGCAUUGGGCUUGAAAUGUUUGGAUCUCGCUGGGCAGUAGAGAAACCUGUCUUAGAUUGUUCCCAGCUGCAGUGGGCAUCCUGCAGGCUGGCAGGCUCUUACCUGUGCCUUGUGAUUUGUUGUUCCUUUGUCUCUUUCUUGUAUUUUACUUUCCGUGUUGCUGUGAGCUCGUGGGGAACACGUUUCCGUUCCUGAAUGCUUCAAGAACAAGCUGCAGGCUUGUCUACAGUUAGCUGAGCACGUUGCCACGGGCCCCCGAACUGUGAACUCAGGUUUAUUCUGAACCCAGUGAGAGGUGAGGGAGGCGAGGGAGGGAAGGAGCAAACUGUAUUUUUGUGAGUAUGAGCACCAACAAAUCUAUGAAAUCGAGUGAAAGAAGAAAUGUUAAAUUCUUUAUUAUUUUAUUAUAUUUAUAUGGAAAACUUGACUCCCCCUUUGGUAAGUACCAAGCCUGUUUCUUGUCUACUUGACCAUGACUGUUUCUCAUUAGUCUGCCCCUGUGAACUCAGUCAGCCUGUAUUUACUGACGGAAGUGACUGUCCCACCAUCAUGUGACCUCCGGGGGGAAGUCAGCUUCAACGGUAUGUUUUGGCCAUAAGUAAGGACUGUGUUUAUGUCACCAUUAGUAAAUAUAUGUACUUUUAUAAUGACUGUGAAAUACAUGCUUCCCUCACUAUGAUGGCUUCGUUAUUUUGCUGAUAAACUUAGUCUAUGCAAGUAGUUGUGUCAUCUUCUACAUGAAAUUUUUUUAAAAAGAUUUAUUUAUUCAUGCAUACAGAACUGGGGUACAG